GCUCCUCCUACUCUUGUGAUCAACAGCGUGAGUUCUUUGUAGGAACCCUUCCUUCUGCAGCACUUCACAAAAUGUCCAACACAGUCUCUGUAUUCUUGGCACUCCUCUGCUAUCUGUUGCUCCAGUCCUUAUCCUGUAGCGGUAGUAGGAUCCUGGUGGUACCUGUUGAUGGCAGCCACUGGAUCAACAUGAAGAUAAUUCUUGAAGAGCUUCACUCUCGGGGACAUGAAAUCACAGUUCUGCGCUCUGCCAAGAGCUGGUACAUCCCCAGUAACUCCUCCAUUUAUACCUCCAUUAAUGUCCCAAUGUUUGAGGACGAGGCAGACAGAGACUUUUACAUCAAAAUGCUCCAGGAUGUCAUGGAUCGCCGCAGCUAUCCCACUUUUAUACGGACAUUUUACCAACAGCACUUGCUUACAUCCAAAAUAGGAGAUUGUCAUAAGAUGCUGGCUAGAUCUGCUGCUAAAAUUUUAGAGGACGCAGUGUUAAUGAAAAAGUUGAAGGACACCAAGUUUGACCUAAUGUUAACAGACCCUGCUUUCUCUUUAGGGGUCAUUCUGGGUGCUUAUCUAAAGCUGCCAAAGGUUUUUAAUGUGCGGUGGAUUAAUAAUGGAGAGGGUCAUCAAACUGUAGCUCCCUCUCCUGUCUCCUAUGUCCCUGUAUCAGGUAGUGAACUUCACGAUCAAAUGAAUUUUCUAGAGAGGACAAAGAAUAUGUUGCAUUAUCUCAACCGUGUUUAUGAACAGUACUUCAUCAUCAAUCCAGCGUACUCAGAUCUAUUCCAGAAACACUUCCCUCCUGGGACUGACUUGGUGUCUUUGGAGCUCUCAGCUGAUAUCUGGCUUUUCAGGGCAGAUUUUGUUUUUGAAUUUCCACGGCCCACUAUGCCCAAUGUGGUGUACGUAGGAGGGUUCCAGUGCAAAAAGGCCCAUCCUCUCCCUGAUGAUUUGGAGGAAUUCAUGCAGAGUUCCGGGAAACAUGGGGUGGUGGUCAUGUCUCUGGGAACACUGGUGUCAGCUCUGCCUCCUGAGAUCACAGAGGCCAUUGCCGCUGCAUUUGCUCAGCUCCCUCAGAAGGUGAUUUGGAGGUUUGGAGGUGACAAACCUUCAUCUCUGGGAAAUAACACCCGGCUGGUAAAAUGGCUUCCCCAGAAUGAUCUCCUGGGCCACCCCAAGACUCGUGUCUUUAUAGCUCAUGGAGGCACUAAUGGUUUGUAUGAGGCCAUCUAUCAUGGUGUUCCUGUUCUGGGUUUGCCCCUCCUAUUUGAUCAGUUUGACAACUUAUUAAGAAUGAAGGUGCGCGGUGCAGUCCAGGUUGUGGAGGCCCGAUCUUUGACCAAAGACAAUUUCCUGGAGGCUCUAAAGGACGUUUUAGAGAAUCCGUUUUACCGUAAAAAUAUCCAACGUCUUUCUCAGCUACACCGUGACCGACCAAUGCCUCCAAUGGACACUGCCAUCUUCUGGAUAGAGUACGUCAUCAGGAACAAAGGAGCUGCCCAUUUGCAGUCUGCAGGUUUUAGUCUGCCUUGGUAUUCCUACUUCUGCCUAGACGUAGCAGUCGUUGUAUUAGCCCUAAUUGGAACCUCCAUUUGGGUAUCUGUCUUGGUCUGUAGGUUACUUUGUUGCAGGAACGGCAAGAAGAUGAAGGCAGAGUAGUUCACCAAAAAGUAUUGAAUAACCUUAACAAAUAAUAACCGUAUAGCCCUUAAUUAAGAAUAUCUGAUGACCUGAGAUUGUGUUUAACAAGUAGUUAUGUAAACUGGAGUGUCAACUGUCUUAGGUCAUAUUUACACAAUAUAAAAAGUGGAUGUUUUACAGCAAAGUUGUUUUGUAAAUGCACAAAUGUAGGCUUAGCAGAAACAGUAGGAAAAUCUAUUUUGAGUUGUUUUUUUCUUUCUUUGUUUUAGCAAUGCUUCUUGGGAAUAAAUCUAACCCUUUUUGAAAGCCUGAUUAUUUGUCCUGAAAUGGUGGCUCCUUUGUUAGGAAAAUGCAUUUGUGGGUUUAGCAGCAAAGCUAAUUAUGUGGGUUGCAUCCAUAAUAAUCUUGUCAAAUCCUCUCUUCCAAUGUCAACAUGACUUUAAUUCAAUUCAGUUUAUUUAUACAGUCAUAAUUAAUAAGUUAGAAUAUGUAUUCUGAUGAGGCUCAUUUGUCAGAUUAAAAGUACCUUUAAAGAUAAACAACCUUUAACUAGGUAUUAAACAUAAUUUUUAUUAAGUCCACAUUUCAGUAUAAAAAAUUAUGUAUUUUAAUUUUUUUAAAUGUUGUGUUUUCAUUAGCUGUAAGUUUAAAACCAUCACAAUUACCGGAAAUAAAGGCUUGAAAACAUCA